AACUCUGAUGAUAACGCUCCGAUGUGUUCCAGGUGCUGUCGGGUGGAGCCGUCCUGCAGCUGGCUGCCGGAGACAAUGUCUGGCUUGAGUCCUUCCGCGACCUCCUCGUUCACUCGUUCCAUCUCCUCUCUCCUCCUCGUCAGCUCGUCCACGAUGCUCCUCCGGCGUUUCCUCCUGAUUGGAUCUCUGCUCUCGKUGGCCGUGCAUCAGCUGGCUGCUGCAGAGACGUGUUCGGCGUCAGGGAYGCCCGGAAUCCCAGGUAUUCCUGGACUUCCCGGCAGAGAUGGACGUGAAGGAGCCAAGGGAGAGAAAGGAGAGAAAGGUACACAAAAACACACAAAAUUGAUUUUUAUUUUACCUGCCAGGUGUCUGGUUUGUAUAAACAGAUUAGCUGCAGCCCACAGAUCUGUGUUCUUGUUUCCAGGAGCCCUGUGGAGCGGCGGGACCCGGCCUCAGAAGGGUGAGAAGGGUAACCCGGGGCCGAGCGGUCCCCCAGGUAAACGAGGUCAGUCAGGAGAACCCGGAGAACCUGGCAGCCCGGGGCACGUAGGCCUUCCAGGAGAUCCAGGAGAACCUGGGAUCGUUGGAGCUCAGCAGCAGGUGGCCUUCAGCGUGGCUCGAGGAACCCCAGAUUUCCCAGAGAAAUCCAGCGUCAUCCGGUUCACCAAAGUCAUAACGAACAUCAACGACGACUACAACACCAACACGGGACACUUCAGGUGCAGAAUACCAGGUGUGUACUACUUUGUGUUCCACGCCUCGUUAGAGGAACGACUCUGCGUGCUGCUGAAGCUCGACAACCAGCUGCUGACGUCGUUUUGUGAUCACCGCCACUACAAGAGACAGGUGACCUCCGGCGGCCUGGCGGUCUACCUGUCAAGAGGUCAGGAGGUCUGGUUGGAGACUAAAGACUACAGAGCGAUGACGGGGAGACACAGCGGCUACAGCAUAUUUUCUGGUUUUCUGCUGCACCCUUACUAAAGUUCACGAUGUUCAAACACGAAACUUAAAAACCUUCACACACUGUGGAUUUGUUGUAUCACUCACUUGUCUGUACCUCUGUAAACUAAAGUCAGUAUUUUUUAAUUUUCUUUCAUCUGUUCAGUUAAUAAAUGAAAAAAAAAAAAAAAAAAACAUCUGGCAUCCAACUCAUUAAACCCAAUAAACUCACUGAAAGAGCUGAGAAACGUUCCCCCCCCCCUUUU